GUCGUUUCUCCCUUCAAUCUCCAUCAUCAUCAUCUUCUUCUUCUUCGAAUCUUCAGGGGAAAUCUCUUCCAUUCUUAAUUUAGGUCAUCUUCUUCAGUCAAGGAUCAUUCAAACCUUCAAUUUUACUAGGUUUGACUGGCGGCAUUUGAGGUAGGAAAGAAGAUGACGAUCGAAUCUUUGCCGGAAAGUUCAGGAUACUUCAAUGCCGGCGUUGAUCGGAAAAUGACCUACUUCAGCAAUCAAUAUGUUCUAGGUUUAACUGUAGUUGCCGGAAUUGGUGGCCUCCUUUUCGGCUACGAUACAGGAGUAAUAUCAGGAGCCCUGUUAUACAUUAAGGAUGAUUUUGAUGUGGUUAAACAGAGUAGUUUCCUACAGGAAACUAUUGUCAGCAUGGCCAUUGUUGGAGCAAUAAUUGGAGCUGCUUCAGGUGGAUGGAUAAAUGAUGCAUAUGGACGAAAGAAAGCUACACUUUCAGCUGAUGUUGUUUUUACAGCAGGCGCAGUUGUAAUGGCUGCUGCACCAGAUCCAUAUGUACUUAUAUUUGGUAGACUCUUGAUUGGUUUGGGUGUAGGUGUGGCAUCUGUAACUGCUCCUGUAUAUAUUGCAGAGGCUUCACCUUCAGAAAUUAGAGGUGGUCUUGUGAGCACUAAUGUGCUUAUGAUUACUGGUGGACAGUUUCUUUCUUAUCUCGUCAAUCUCGCAUUCACUCAGGUCCCAGGGACUUGGAGGUGGAUGCUCGGUGUUUCUGGCGUGCCUGCCGUUUUCCAGUUUUUCGUUAUGCUAUAUUUGCCUGAAUCUCCACGAUGGUUAUACCUGAAGAAAAAAAAAGCUGAAGCCAUUGCUGUGCUUUCUCAAAUUUAUGAACCUUAUCGGUUAGAAGAGGAGAUAGAACGACUGGCGGCUGCACUAGAAGAGGAACGCCAGAGAAAGAGUGCUGUCAAGUAUUGGGAUGUUUUUUCAACCAAAGAAAUUAGGCUUGCAUUCUUUGCUGGAGCUGGACUUCAGGCAUUUCAACAAUUGACUGGGAUCAACACAGUAAUGUACUACAGUCCAACAAUUGUUCAAAUGGCUGGCUUUACUUCAAAUCAAUUAGCACUCUUCCUUUCAAUGAUCGUCGCUGCAAUGAACGCCGCCGGAACUGUUCUCGGCAUCUACCUGAUUGACCACGUCGGCCGACGAAAGCUGGCUCUCAGUAGCUUAUCAGGAGUCUUCCUGUCACUGAUUCUUCUCUCGGCAGCAUUCUUUGUCGGCUCUUCUUCUACAAACAGUGGGUGGAUAGCAGUUUUAGGAUUAGUUCUAUACAUCAGUUUCUUUUCUCCUGGUAUGGGACCUGUUCCAUGGACAAUUAACUCUGAAAUAUACCCGGAAGCGUACAGAGGGAUAUGCGGUGGAAUGUCUGCAACUGUGAAUUGGGUGUCGAAUCUGGUUGUUGCGCAGAGUUUUCUUUCGGUUGUUAAUAGGAUAGGAACUGGGGCGACGUUCUUGAUUGUGUCGGGAGUAACUGUUGUGGCGUUUGUGUUUGUGUUUGUUUUUGUGCCGGAGACGAAGGGGCUGACGUUUGAGGAAGUGGAAAGGUUAUGGAAGGCAAGGGCUGGGGCUGGGGCUGGGGCUUCGGGAGGAAAUGGAAGGGAGAGGCUACUUGAAGAAGAAGAAGAUGGUGGAUAACUGUUAUAAGCUUUGUUGUCAUGCUUAUUUUAUAAUCUUAAUUUUAUGUUGUUGGAAAAU